AUGGGUGCUAAGUUGCAAGAGCAUGUUCACUUUGAUCUUGGUCCAUCUUUGUUGGAUGAUGUUCUUAGCGCUUGGGAUUUCAGCAAAUCCACAUUGGACAGUAACUUCGGUUCUUCAUCAACAGGAAGCCCGCCAAAGGACAGUAAAUUCAACUCUCCAUCAACAGAAAGCCCACGAAAGGACAGUAAAUUCAACUUUCCAUCAUCAGGAAGUCCACCAAAGAGAGAAAGUUCAUUCAAAUUGGACAGUCCACCAAAAAGUAAUAACCCCCAAAAAACUGUAGAAACAUCAGUGCUAUCUAAAUCAUUGUCACCUGAAGUGAUUCCUAAACAUGUGGUUAACCCUAUUAAGAAACCGAAAAGAUCAUUCCGAACUGAACGACCAAAGAAAAAUUACAUUAAACAAUUAAAGGAAAGUCCACUGUCAUCCCCGGAAGUUGAGAUUGUUUCUCUUCCCGGUAAAGAUGAACGGAAUAAAACAGGUGAUAUCAUAGAACGCGCUUCCUCAAUUUCGACUUCUACUUCACUGAAGACAGAUGUUAUUGUUGAUUCAGCAGUAGCUAAAGAUGUCACAUCAAGUCUUGAAUUUGACAAGUUUCGGAAGCGAGACUCGGAUACAGAGUCAACCGACAGGGAUUACCUGCAGUUGAUGGAGAGUACGUCAGGACAUGCAGAGUCAUUGCCUGUAGAGAGUGUGCCAAAACCAGCAGAGAGUACGUCAGGACUUGCAGAGUCAUUUGAGACUAAAGAGAGACAAUCCAGUUGUGAUAUUAGUGAUGACAAUUUGAAUGAAACUCCAGUUUUUCAGAGAUCUUUAUCAAAAAAGGACGCCAUUAGUGAUAGAGGACUAGAAGCCUAUGAAGCCUUGGUAGGGAGUAGCGUAAAUGUUAAGAAAUCUUCUAAAGCUCCGUCGUCACAGAGUAGAGUGGUCAGUCCAUCAAAAGGAAUCCCCGUGAUACGGAGUGUUUCUCAGCGGGGCUCAGUUAGCCCAUCACAUGCUCCAAACUCAUGGAGUUCAUCGCAGAGUGGUACAGUGAGCCCUUCACAUGCUCCAUACAUAAGGAGUAGCUCUCACACUGAUGCAGUUAGUCCAUCGUAUGCCCCAAAUUCAUGGGGUUCAUCCUUAAGUGGUGUUAGUUCACCGACUGCAAAUAGCGUUUUUAGUGUUUCUCGACAAAGUAGCAUUACAUCACCAACUAAAAGUGAGUGUGAUUUACAGUAUGCGGAUUUACUACACGACACGUCUGGUGAGGACACCAUUGAUCUCUCGCAGCCCGUCUCGACUGAGCCCGCACUUUCACCUACAUCUCCUAGCAACAGUUUCUAUGCUGUGGCGACAACAACAGAAGAAAGGAGGGACCCAGUAAGCUCAACUACAUGCCGUACUUCUGUCGGUAGAAACAAAAAUGCUUCUUCUGUUGUUGGCAACUUCUAUGCCCAGAUUUAUGAAAAACCGGAGGCUGCUUCAAGCCAGCGUAAAGCAAGCAGUUCAGAGGAAGACCUUGAUAGAGAUGAUGCAAGUCGUAGGUCUGCUAGAGAUAUCAUAAAAAGGUUUGAGAACAAGUCGCAACCUUUGAGCGUUAAAAUGGAGAGUCAUUCUCCAAAGAAACAAGCUAUCUCAAAUUUGAAAGAUUUGUUUACCAUAGAUACGAAUAAUGAACAAAAACCUCCUGAUAAAGAACCAGCGCCACCAGUUUUGUCACCUAGGAAGAUCAGUUUGCCAACUAGACUUAAUACAGCAGACAAUCUAGAGCAAGAUGAUGACAAAUUGGAAGUUGCUCUUAGUGAAACAACUUUGAAGCAUUUACAGCGAAGUACACGGCGUACUCGUCGACCAAUUGGUGAAGCUCGGUGCAAGAGAAGAAGCUCUGGGGACGCCAGUGAAUCAGGUACUGAUUCUCGCGAGGAAGUAGCAACUCUGGCAUAUGGUGAUAAAGAGAGACGCAAGAAGGAACAACAACAGAAGUAUGCCAGGCAGAAGAGUACAGAGGAGGUAAUGAAGACUAGACCCUUGCCUGAUUUGCCUGUGGAUGUUGACAAAAAUCCAUCGCAUGUUAUGCAUGACUAUGAAAUGAUUUCAAUUCCCGCUGUUCCUCCCAGAAUGCCGCUUAACCCUCAAUGGCCGAAGAAGCGAAGAUCACGCAAAAGUUCAAAGUCACAAAGUGGUAAAUCGUCGCCUACAAAGUCUUCUUCUUCUGCUAGCUCGCUGCUUUAUUCUGAAUCUGAUCCUGGGACUCCAGAUACUCCAGUCUCAUCCCAAUCAGCUUCCAGUCCCUUCUUGAGUACAUCCCCGAUUACUAACUCCGAACUUCGGACAAAAUUUUUACAUCAAAAAAGCGCUUCUCUAGACAUCACAUCAGACAGUGACGUGGUUCGAAGCUCACCAGAAGAAAUUCGCAGACACUUGAAAAAAGACAAAGAAAAUUAUCAAAAUAUAAAAAGUAAUCAAAAAACAUUAAGUUUAGAUCGUAAAGUUCUAACGAGAAGUCACACGAACCCCUCCUUGCAGAAUAUGGAUAGUAAGAGUGAGUUCCGUACACGGAGUCAAACCACCACAGACAUACACGGACAAUCAUUGCAAGUUGUAAACGACGGUGUCCCCAAACGUUGCAAAAGUUACGAAGAUGAGUUAGAUGAUAUUUUAGAUGGUGCACUUGGUCCAGCUGAAAGUUUAAAUGAUGUCCUGAAAAGAACGUAUAAAUUAAAAGAUGGUCAAGAUAUUUCUUCAUCACAUUCCGAAGUAUCGUCUGUCACAUCGAACAGGAUCUGCGGAAAAAUUAUCUGUUAAUAAUGAAGUCAAAAAAGAUACGGAUGAAGGAUAUAUGGACAUGACGGGAAAACACAGUUCAAAGGCACUUAAUAAUAUGGAAUGGGCAGAUAACUGUAAGGAAGUACAGGAAGUGAAGUCUGCAUUAAAGGAUGAGGUAUCAAUUCUAGAAAUCGUAAGAGCAUUGAAAUGCAACAACUGGGAAGUGGAACUAUCCGUGCAGGAUAUUAAAGUGAGACAGCUGAUGGAUCAACAUCUGGGGGAUGAUAGACGAUGUCGGCAGAUUCUUGUACGCUAUAACUGGGUUGUCACCAAAGCUCAGAAAUAUCUUAUAAACAAUCCAUCAAGACAGAGUGAUCUCUAGCUGUAACCAAGCUGCGGCAGUAGGUGGGGACUCACCGGUCCAAAGAAAUUAUGUAAUCAAGACAUGAAUUGCUGAUGUUUUCAUUUGAUGCUGUUGGUGAACAGUACAUUCCUCAAUGGUGGAUCUCCAGGAAGAAAUCAAGAUCAAAGAGAAAAUGUAAAUGCCAUUCGUGUGGGAGGGAUGAAUAUUUUCUGUGCAGAUGGUUUUCAAUAUGUAACGUGUAUGAUAACACUGUAUUAGGGAUUCCCCACUUGAAUAGGAGGGGUAUGAUCAAUGCAGUGUGCAACGUUUUGUUCCAUGCCCUUUUAAGCAUAUUUAAAGAACAUGGACCCCUUAAAACUGAGAAAAUAAUUCAAUUAUUUUGAAUAUUAGAUGUUCAAUACAAGUGAUGAGAGUACAUGAACUUUAUCAAGGUUAUAAAUCGUUUGUGAAAUGACAAAUAUGAUGUAUGAUUUGGUCAGAGGAGAACCCACUGCCUGAUGUGUUUUUGACUAUUACAUACAAGAUAUGUGAGAGUUCAAGUGCAAGGUGAAACAGAAGACAAGAAGUAUGUUUUUUAGCUGAGCUGAGCUGAACUGAAUAAAUACUGCUCGUGAAGAGUUUUGACUUAACUGUGAUUUUUAAUUUUUUAUCGGGCCUCCUGAGGGCGCUGUAUAUUUGAAGCAAUAUAAUCUUGGUCGAAUAAUUAUGCUCCCAAUAAUUUACUAUGCAAAUUACAUUUCUUCAAAACAUUUCUUAUUUUUGUAUGUUUUAAAUCUAAUCAUGAUAGACUGGGUAACUUCACUGUUCCUAAAAAUUUUGUACUGCCAGCCCCAAUUUUUUUUAGAAAGUAUGCAUUCAUAGUUUUAGACUUUUCUUUUCUUGACUCAUGUAAUGAACAUCCCUUGUCAUAAUUAAUUAUGUGGUAGAGUUGUGUUUUAUUGAUUGGUCACAGAGGGCGCUAUUGAUGUUCAUAGAAGACUUUGACUCACUUUCAUGCCAGACAACAGCGCCCUCAUUGCUCAGUGUAUAUAUGCAAUGUUUUUUAGUUGAUACAUAUUUUUAGAGUUAAUUUUUCCAGUUUUAAUUUUUCAUUACUUCUAAUCAACAUAAAUCGUUAUUUGUAAAUCUGCUAACAAUUUUAACAUGCUCAUUUUACCAUGGAAACCAUUUUAACUGUAAAUAAAAUAUGGUGCAGAAAAUAAAGCGCCAGAAUUUAAAAUUUA